AUGGAGCUGUACGAGUGCGAGGACGCGGUGCAGGUGGCGCUGCAGCAGCGGCGGCCGCAGCACAUCUUCCUGGCCCAGCAGCACCGCGAGGGCAAGAGCCCUGUGCCGGCCAUCGACUUCGUGUGUCUCGACUGCCGGGACGACGGCCCGGAGGGCAACGCGCGCGCCUUCUUCUCGGCGCCGCCGCCCACCGUCGUCUUCUGCGCCAACCGCCUGCACUCGGCGCGCGAGGUGGAGGAGACCAUGGUGCACGAGCUCAUCCACGCCUACGACUUCACGGUGCGCAAGAUGGACAUCACCAAGUCGGACGUGCUGGCGUGCAGUGAGAUCCGGUCGGCGCGCGAGUCCGAGUGCUACCAGAAGGCCAAGCUGCUGGAGACCGUGCUGCCCGAUGUCGAGUUCUUCCAGAAGAGCGCGCGCUGGCUUAACGCGCGCUGCGUCCGUGAGCACGCGGUUCGCUCUACCAGUUCCAUGUUCCCUGCCGAAGCGCGCGAUGAAGUCGACAAGAUGUUUGACCAGUGUUAUACUGACCACAGUCCUUUUACGAGUAAGUGA